ACACUGAGGAUCUCGAGCCACUUGAUAUUUGUAUGUCACAUGUGCAGUCGCUUAAUCCAUUACGGCCGCCAACCGUUGGAGGGCGACUGCAACAUGAUCGCCCUACAUCCAUCAAGGGCGGAGAAGAAGUUUCAGAAUUAGGGGUGAGGGCUGGCCUUUUUUGUUCCGCUGAAGAAUCCUGCUCGAACGGUGAGCAGGAGCAGAUCAGACUAGCAGGAACAAUACGACCAUUCCAGCCCUGCUGAUUUAUAUCGACGCCAAAUACAGAAGAGAGGAGAGCAGCUUCUACCCAUCUCUCUGACAACUGCACCUGGAUCCCUACACAGCUACCGUCGUUCACCGUGCGGGUCUGGGGGUUCCAGUAGGGGCAGGGGGCGGGGGUACAGCGAGUACGGGAGGCUGUUGGGAGAGGAGAGGGGGCUGGAAGUCUGAAACGCUUCCAGCCUGCGGGGCCGGCGCUGUGGCCACAUAACCCUGGUCUAGCUAGUAACGGCACGGCCAAGUGGAUGGGAUGGAGCCGGGACCGUCAGGCGCUGUCCCCGGGGGGCCGUUCCCCCCCCCCCUGCAGCAGGUGUUCCAGGCACCCCGGCGUCCGGGCAUGGGUACUGUGGGCAAGCCCAUCAAGCUGCUGGCCAACUACUUCGAGGUGGAGAUUCCCAAGAUGGAUGUCUUCCACUAUGAGGUCGACAUCAAGCCUGACAAGUGUCCUCGCAGAGUCAACAGGGAAGUGGUGGAGUACAUGGUGCAGCACUUUAAGCCUCAGCUGUUUGGAGACAGGAAGCCUGUGUACGAUGGGAAGAAGAACAUCUACACAGUGCUAGCUCUCCCUAUCGGCAGUGAGAAGGUGGACUUUGAGGUGACCAUCCCAGGUGAGGGGAAGGACCGCAUCUUCAAGGUGUCUAUCCGCUGGCUGGCCAAGGUGUCAUGGCGUCUGUUACAGGAGACGCUGGUCAGUGGACGACUCCCGGUGCCUCUGGACUCAGUCCAGGCCCUGGACGUGGCCAUGCGACACCUAGCCUCUAUGAGGUACACUCCGGUGGGGCGCUCCUUCUUCUCCCCCCCUGAGGGGUACUACCACCCUCUGGGCGGGGGCAGGGAGGUCUGGUUUGGCUUCCACCAGUCUGUACGGCCGGCCAUGUGGAAGAUGAUGCUCAACAUCGAUGUGUCGGCCACAGCCUUCUACAAGGCCCAGCCCGUGAUUGAAUUCAUGUGUGAGGUUUUGGACAUCCGUAACAUCGACGAGCAGCCCAAAACCCUGACUGACUCCCAGAGGGUUCGCUUCACCAAGGAGAUCAAAGGCCUGAAGGUGGAGGUGACGCACUGCGGCCAGAUGAAGAGGAAGUACCGUGUGUGUAACGUGACUCGGCGCCCGGCCAGCCACCAGACGUUCCCCUUGCAGCUUGAGAGUGGCCAGACCGUAGAAUGUACGGUAGCCCAGUACUUCAAACAGAAGUACAACCUGCAGCUGAAAUACCCCCACCUGCCCUGCCUGCAGGUGGGCCAGGAGCAGAAGCACACCUACCUGCCCCUGGAGGUGUGUAACAUAGUAGCAGGGCAGCGGUGCAUCAAGAAGCUGACAGAUAAUCAGACCUCCACCAUGAUCAAAGCCACAGCUCGCUCUGCCCCCGACAGACAGGAGGAGAUCAGCCGGCUGAUGAAGAAUGCCAACUUCAACCUGGACCCCUACAUCCAGGAGUUUGGGAUCAAGGUGAAGGACGACAUGGCGGAGGUGACCGGCCGGGUGCUUCCUGCUCCGAUCCUGCAGUACGGAGGCCGGAACCGCGCCAUAGCCACUCCCAACCAGGGUGUGUGGGACAUGAGAGGGAAGCAGUUCUACAACGGCAUCGAAAUCAAAGUGUGGGCCAUCGCCUGCUUCGCCCCCCAGAAGCAGUGCAGGGAGGAGGUCCUCAAGAACUUCACCGACCAGCUGCGUAAGAUAUCCAAGGAUGCUGGGAUGCCCAUCCAGGGCCAGCCCUGCUUCUGUAAGUACGCCCAGGGGGCCGACAGCGUGGAGCCCAUGUUCAGACACCUGAAGAACACCUACUCUGGCCUGCAGCUCAUCAUCGUCAUCCUGCCUGGAAAGACCCCCGUCUACGCGGAGGUGAAGCGUGUGGGAGACACUCUCCUGGGCAUGGCCACCCAGUGUGUCCAGGUGAAGAAUGUGGUGAAGACCUCCCCCCAGACCCUCUCCAACCUCUGCCUGAAGAUCAACGUCAAGCUGGGGGGCAUCAACAACAUCCUGGUGCCUCACCAACGAUCUGCAGUGUUCCAGCAGCCCGUCAUCUUCCUGGGAGCCGACGUCACCCACCCUCCUGCUGGGGAUGGGAAGAAGCCCUCCAUCACUGCUGUGGUAGGCAGUAUGGAUGCCCACCCCAGCCGGUACUGUGCCACGGUUCGGGUCCAGAGGCCCAGGCAGGAAAUCAUCGAGGACCUCUCCUAUAUGGUGAGAGAGCUGCUGAUCCAGUUCUACAAGUCGACCCGCUUCAAACCCACCAGGAUCAUCUUCUACAGGGACGGAGUUCCGGAGGGCCAGCUACCCCAGAUCCUCCACUAUGAGCUGCUGGCUAUUCGCGAUGCCUGCAUCAAGCUGGAGAAGGACUACCAGCCCGGCAUCACCUACAUCGUGGUGCAGAAGAGACACCACACCAGGCUGUUCUGUGCCGACAAGUCUGAGAGAAUUGGGAAGAGUGGAAACAUCCCAGCAGGGACCACAGUGGACACCAGCAUCACACACCCCUUCGAGUUUGACUUCUACCUUUGCAGCCACGCAGGCAUACAGGGCACCAGUCGCCCCUCUCACUACUACGUCCUCUGGGAUGACAAUCGCUUUACUGCUGACGAGCUGCAGAUCCUCACCUACCAGCUGUGCCACACCUACGUACGCUGCACGCGCUCAGUCUCUAUCCCUGCGCCAGCCUACUACGCCCGCCUAGUGGCCUUCCGUGCCCGCUACCACCUGGUGGACAAGGAGCACGACAGUGGGGAGGGCAGCCAUGUGUCUGGACAGAGCAACGGCCGGGACCCCCAGGCUCUGGCUAAGGCCGUGCAGAUUCACCACGACACUCUGAGGACCAUGUACUUCGCCUGAGCAGCCCUCCUCCUGUCUCACACACACACACACCACCCCCUCUCUCCCACACACACACACAUACUCAUCUCCUGUCUCAA